CCCAGAUAGAGAGAGCUCAGAGCAGUUAUGGAAACCUCGACGGUGAUGGAAACGACGAAGCUUAAGUACCUGUCCUCCAUUGCUGAGGACGUCGUCCGAAGAUGCUCCCAGAAACUGGGCACUCCUUUAGAGAAAGUAGUCGGAGAGUUUGAAGCCGGAUGGAAAGCUGAACCGGGAAAUUAUUGCCAGAAAUUAGUGGAAUUUUGCAGCGAGAGGGCGCUUAUUAGUGACAUGUGCAACGACAUACAGGAAAAGAUUAGUGAUGGGUCUUUUAGCAGGUUCACAUAUGACUUGAUGCUUGCUUGGGAGAGGCCAAGCUACUACGAUGAAGACGAGCACACGGAGUCUGUUGCAAAGGAGAAAGAAGAGAGGAAGAUGCCUCUUAAUGUUAUCCAUGAAGAACGAGAUGAAAUCCCUCUGUUUUACUCAGACAUCAUGCCUCUCCUUGUGAGUAAUGAGCCCAACGUUGGAGAAGAUGCAUUUGUGUGGCUGGCAUCUUUGCUUCCAUUAAUAGCAGAUGUUGCAAAUGGAAGGUUUACUUUUGAAACUUUAACAGCACCAACAGGCCACCGACUACAUUUUCCCGCAUACGACUUCUUCUUAAAAGAAAUGGACAAGUGCAUAAGACAUCUGCAAAAGCAAGCAACACCAAAUGGCAUAGAGAUGGCUGAUGACGAAUUUAUAUUACACGUGGAGGGAACAGCAAACUCUCAGAGAGUAGUUCGACACAUUGGAGCAACAAGUUGGGCAGGUAGGCUUACACUGAGCAACUAUGCUCUUUACUUUGAGGCCUCAGGAGUGAUUAAAUAUGAAGAUGCUCUAAAAAUAGACCUUUCUGGGGACACGGAGCACACCCUGAAACCGGCUGCUACAGGGCCCUGGGGAGCUCCGCUUUUUGACAAGGCUAUAAUCUAUGAUUCACCUGAGCUAUCAGAGGGCAUUGUCCUGGAGUUUCCAGAAGUGACAAGUUCCACAAGAAGGGAUCAUUGGCUUGCGCUGACAAAGGAAAUUAUGUUGCUACAUCAAUUUUUAUCAAAAUACAAAAUAGAAUGCCCCGUACGAUCAUGGGAGAUGCAUGCCAGGACAAUUCUAGGGAUUAUAAGGCUCCAUGCUGCAAGAGAAAUGCUAAGAGUUUCACCUCCUGCUCCAACAAAGUUCUUAAUAUUUUCUUUAUAUGAUGAGAUACCAAAGGGAGAUUAUGUGCUAGACGAACUUGCUGAGAGCCUCAAGAAGGGUAAUAGUGCACACCCAUGCAGUGCGAGUUCAAUCCUUAGAAGUAUGGACAUUUCUAGGCCCAUCAUUUCUGGUGCAGAACUGGAAGUUAAAGAGGCUAUACAAGCAUGUGAAAGUGUUAACGGUCCAGAAGAAAGUGCCUUCUCGCUGGAGACAGCUAUUAAACAAGCUAUGGAGGAAGAAAAGGAAACUCUCAUUGCUAAAGCCACCACUGAAGAGUUAAAAGAGGAAGGAAUCACUGACAGCGUUAUGGUUCUUAUGGAGCUACUAAAGCCACUUCAACGUGUAGUCCCUUGGUUUCAAGAUAUCUUCACAUGGCAAAAACCAAUGGUUACUCUUACUGUGCUUGCUGCAUCCCUGAUAUUCACCUAUAUGGAAUGGAUUGGCAAGGCAUUGGCAAUUUUUCUGAUAUGGGUAAUAACGAAAAUGAUGGAGGCAAGACACAAAAGAAUGAAUGAAAAGUGCGACGAGUUAGUAAUUAGUACAGCCUCUGAACAGUCUACGAUGGAGAGCAUCGUGUCUGCCCAACAGGGAUUGAACACUGCUCGUGAGGUGAUGCAGAUAGCAAAUGUAACCAUAUUAAAGAUAUGGUCAAUAUUUAUUUCUAAGGCUCAGAAGGUAUUCCCUGUAACUUGCCACCCUCAGCACUUCCAUACGCAUUCAAAUACAGUGAUGGUGGCAUUGGCGGGUUUGGCAAUAUUACUGGCAAUAGUUCCGUUGAAGCUGGUGAUUAUGGGAAUUAUAUUGCAAAGCUUCAUAGCAUCAAAAGGAGGCAAGUCUUCGGGAACAGGGAACAGACGACUCAAGGAAUGGUGGGAUUCAAUUCCAGUCAUCCCUGUUCGCCUUGUAGACGCCAAGAAUCCUGACACUGCUAAUUAUUAGCUGUUUGUGAGAUUGCCCUAUAUCCAGCAUAUCAUGUAAAGUGUACCUAACGGAAGACAUUGAAGAAUUCAUGUAAAAAUUCACGUUUCUACUGUCCCAUAAAAUGUUAGACAUAUUUUGGAAUGAUUGAAGAUUAAAGGCUUCCGAGGCAA